CUCCUGCCCACUCUCCAUCCUCGGUCGGACCUGGGAACCCGCUGUCGCAGCCGGACCGAUCCCACCCCGGCCAUGAAGGGCCCCCCGCGCGGAGGAAUGUUCUCCCGGCAUGUCAAACGGCACCCCGGACUCAUUCCCCUCAUUGGCUUCAUCAGUGUGGGCCUGGGCAGCGCGGUGCUGUACCUGCUGAGGCUGGCACUGUACAGCCCCGACGUCAGCUGGGACCGCAAAAACAAUCCUGAGCCCUGGAAUAAGCUGAGCCCCACGGACCAGUAUAAAUUUCUGGCAGUUUCCACUGACUACAAGAACCUCAAGAAGGAGCGUCCCAGCUUCUGAGCCACCCCCAGGAUGUGCUGGGGCAGGGGGGGAACCCACCCUCGCCAGAAGCCCCCCCCCGGCCCCUCCAGCUCUGCCAAAGCCACUGCACACAGGUCCCACUGC